CCGUAUCAUACUGUGCUAUGAUUGGUUAAGACCACCCAGGUGGUUAGGUCAUGGUCAGUUGAUCAUGGUUGGAGAUACGUGAGCAUGGAAGUUAUAGCUAGCUAAUAAAGAGCUACGUUAAGAAAUAUCCUGUAGUACUGCAUUUUAUUAUUUUGUACAAGGUGUGCAAAACAAGACAUGGUGUCAGAGUAAAAGGUCUUAAAAGAUGGAUUUUUCUGGAGUUCCUUCACCUCUUAUGUUCACGGGUCCUCUGAAGGACAGAGGAGAAGAGGAAAAGUGCAGCUUCCUGCUCCUCUGGGUCGGUGAAAAGGGGAGAGAUAUUUCAACACAUGGACACUUAUCGAGGCUGAAUCAAAGAGGCGAGAGGGGUUGAGGUCAUGGUGGCCGUUUUGGGGCUCGCGGGGGAGGACCUGUACUAGGAUUUUGUCCCUCGCAUCCCAUUUGACCUCUACUUGUGUGAAAUAGCCUGCCUGAAGCCUGCCCCUAAUGAGACAGCCUUCAGUGAGGCCCUAUUAAGAGGAACCAGGACCUUGGCCCCACCUCUGUUGAACAGUCAUCCAUCUUGUCACUGGUCAUCAAAAUCACCAACGUUAUUGACAACGUCAUCGUUUCAGCUGGGGCUGAACGUACUACAGUGUCAGAUUUGAUCUAAACCGAGAAAUGGUUUGGUGAAUCCUCAAAUGCAGGGAUAUGGGAAUUUCAAACAAGUUAGUUGAGUUAAAUAUGACAUUGCUUUCAUACUUUUCUAACUCUAGGAAGUGAGACAGGUGGGCUCCUACAAGAAAGGCACCAUGACAACAGGACACAAUGUUGCAGACCUUGCUGUCAUUCUGAAGAUAUUGCCUUCUGGUAAGUUUUUACCUAAAAGCAUUUCUAUGUCCAUAUUACUUGAUAAUCACUACUCUGAGGAAAUGGGGUAGUGGAUGGAACACGGUCAAAACUGACCACUAGUGGGUUGCCGCCCCCACUUGGGUUGUGCCGUGGCGGAGAUCUUUGUGGGCUAUACUCGGCCUUGUCUCAGGAUGGUGAGUUGGUGGUUGAAGAUAUCCCUCUCGUGGUGUGGGGGCUGUGCUUUGGCAAAGUGGGUGGGGUUAUAUCCUUCCUGUUUGGCCCUGUCCGGGGGUGUCCUCGAAUGGGGCCACAGUGUCUCCUGACCCCUCCUGUCUCAGCCUCCAGUAUUUAUGUUGCAGUAGUUUAUGUGUCAGGAGGCUAUGGUCAGUUUGUUAUAUAUGGAGUACUUCUCCUGUCCUAUUCGGUGUCCUGUGUGAAUUUAAGUGUGCUCUCUCUAAUUCUCUCUUUCUCUCUCUCGGAGGAACUGAGCCCUAGGACCAUGCCUCAGGACUACCUAACAUGAUGACUCCUUGCUGUCCCCAGUCCACCUGGCCGUGCUGCUGCUCCAGUUUCAACUGUUCUGCCUUAUUAUUAUUUGACCAUGCUGGUCAUUUAUGAACAUUUGAACAUCUUGGCCAUGUUCUGUUAUAAUCUCCACCCGGCACAGCCAGAAGAGGACUGGCCACCCCACAUAGCCUGGUUCCUCUCUAGGUUACUUCUUAGGUUUUGGCCUUUUCUAGGGAGUUUUUCCUAGCCACUGUGCUUCCACACCUGCAUUGCUUGCUGUUUGGGAUUUUAGACUGGGUUUCUGUACAGCACUUUGAGAUAUCAGCUGAUGUGUGAAGGGUUAUAUAAAUAAAUGUGAGUUUUGAUUAGUAGGUCUGUUUCUCCCAGUGGAGACAGUGACCACUCUGGGAACCAAGGUGGUGGAGACCCUACGCACACAGGACCCUUUGGAAGGGUCACUCUGCAGUCAUGAACAACCCCAGCAGACAGCCACUAGCCCUCAAUGUGGCCUUCAGGUGGAGCCUGGAGAUGCUGUCAUCAGGGCUUUUCUUGCCUGGUUCAGCUGGAAUUGCAGACCCCGACAUGGUGUGCCUCACUGCUCAGACCCUGGUGAGGUUGCUGUCUCAUGGCGGCUACAUGAAGAUUCUGGGUCUGGAUGGAGACGCUAGCCACCUGGUGGUGGAGACAUCCACGUGGGAUGGAGUGACAGUGAAGCAUUCUGAGAAGGUGUAUGAGAAGAUGUUGGAAUUGGAGGUGGAUGAUGUUGAUGGUGAUGUAGAAAUGGAGGGCAUGGACGCUAAAGAGGGCAUGGACGCUAAAGAGGGCAUGGACGCUAAAGAAUGAUUGUGGUAAAGGGCUUUAUUCAGUUUGUCAUUCGACUGUGUUGCAUGGUCCCCUUCUGAGGAGGGAUGGGGAUUUAUAUUUUAUUUUUGUACCGUCUCCUACCCGUGCCCAGUUUAAGGGCUUGUUUUGUUUUCAGACAAACCUGAUACUAGGAACACAAGGUGUGGCUUCCUAUGUUUAAUUUCAUAUCAAGUCGUGUUAACUGAAAUGUAACUAUUUUCUCUUGGCUUAUUGUAUGUCAAAUAUUUAGAUUUAAAAAAAUGUUUAAUUGGAAAAUCUUAUUUCUAUGGUCACUCCCAAUCGAUGGUGCUCCAGUGUACAGUUUCUCACUGAGCUGGCUGUCAACAAUGGAUAGAUUAUGUCAGUUUGGUGUCUGAAGAUACUGAGCAGCCACUGGAGACCAGACGUCUCUGUUUAUGCUAUCUGGACUAUUACAUACAGCGGUGGUGUUGUCAGUAAUAACUGGGCUUUAAUCAAUGAACCCAAUUACGGAGUCCUUUGACAGAAGAACUGCAAAAUGUCAUAAUCAGUUGGAGGAGCUGUGAAGGGAGGGGGAGGCAGUAAGCUGCUAGCACCCAGCAACUAAGCCCAAGGCUGGCUUAUUGAGGUUUUCUCUGGCUAGACAGAGAUCGAGCCAUGGCUGAUAGUAUAUCAUCUAUUUUGUUUGAUAUGAGUGCACAAAAUACUAUGCUAUUGGUAUGAAAUCUUUAAAGUAUAUGUUUCAGUGCUUUCGUAAGCCAUUAAACUCAAGGCUUUAUUCUGCCCCACACAUCGAACAGAGCUUUUUCAAUAUUUUAACUUUUUCUUGAACAAUUAAGCUGAAAAAACAUGGCGUAAUUAUUGUUGAUACUCCAGCUGACUAACCACAUCCUCUUCAAAUGGAAUGUUGCAACUGUGGUAUUGGAGUACUUGUUCUCAGAUGGCAGAGGUUUAAACUUUUGCAUCCUUCUGGGGUUUCCAACCAUUCUGAGAAAAAACAUAGCUGGAUAGACUACUUUUGUGUCAAAAUAACAAAAGUGAUGCUGGUGUUUUACUCUCGGACCUUGACUAUGUAUGGUUAGCUUUUCAAUGGGUUGUUUAUUUGCAGUAUUCGUCCACUCGUACCUGUAUGCAGUUUGAAAAUGGCAGAGUUGGACACUAAUAAGCUUCUAAAUUGGAACGCUGUACAGUAACAUGCUAUACGUGAAAUCAGAGCUCUGGCUCUGCACUUCACAGCUCUAUAUUGGUUUUGACAGACAGCCGUUCUGAACUUGAGCACCGUGUAGGACAAGAAGUUGACCCCAUCCCUCCCGCUAAUUGGGCAGGUAGCCUAUUGGUUAGAGUGUUGGGCCAGUAACUGAAAGGUUGCUAGAUCGAAUCCCAGACAAAGUACAAAUCUGUCUUUCUGCCCCUGAACAAGGCAGUUAACCCACUGUUCCUAGGCUGCCAUUGUAAAUAAGAUGUUUUUUUUAAGACUUGCGUAGUUAAAGGUUAAAACAUUUUUUUAAUUAUGGAGGGCUCUAUGUAUUUUCAAAGAUGGGACAUUGACAACUAUUAAUAAAUACAGCUUUGAUGUUAUACAAGCAAGCCAAACACCGUGAGUGCAAAUGGGCACUUCACAUUACCAUAUGAAACUUGUAAUAUACAUUGUUCAUGUUUGUGAUCACUAUGUUUGUACAGUUACAAUAUGUUAUGUGGUUAUACCCUGGGUUGUACUGAACAGAAUGAGUCCAUGUUUUUUGUAUUGUGAAGAACAUUUGCUGUGGACCAUGCAUCUGAAUGCACUCACAACAACAUUCUAUGCUCAAAUUUAAGUUCUGUGGUCCCAGCUUUCUUCAGUCAUUGACCAGGUCCUGCCAUGUAGUUCUGGGCUGAUCCCUCACCUUCCUCAUGAUCAUUGAUGCCCCACGAGGUGAGAUCUUGCAUGGAGCCCCAGACCGAGGGUGAUUGACCGUCAUCUUGAACUUCUUCCAUGUUGUAAUAAUUGCGCCAACAGUUGUUGCCUUCUCACCAAGCUGCUUGCCUAUUGUCCAGUAGCCCAUCCCAGCCUUGUGCAAGUCUACAAUUUUAUCCCUGAUGUCCUUACACAGCUCUCUGGUCUUGGGCAUUGUGGAGAGGUUGGAGUCUGUUUGAUUAAGUGUGUGGACAGGUGUCUUUUAUACUGGCAACGAGUUCAAACAGGUGCAUUUAAUACAGGUAAUGAGUGGAGAACAGGCGGGAUUCUUAAAGAAAAACUAACAGGUCUGUGAGAGCCGGAAUUCUUACUUUGUUGGUAGGUGAUCAAAUACUUAUGUAAUGCAAUAAAAUGCAAAUUAAUUACUUAAAAAUCA